UUGGCAGUCUGGUACACGAGGUCGGACACGCCUUGGGCCUCUGGCAUGAGCAAUCGAGGUCAGACCGAGACGAACACGUCUCAAUUCUCACACAAAACAUCAUAUCAUCGGCGAUUUAUAACUUUAACCUCAUGACGACCAGCAAUUAUGGUGUGCCGUAUGACUAUUCCUCAAUUAUGCAUCACUAUGCGCAGGGCUUCUCUCUGAACAGCCACAAUACCAUCGUGACCAAAGACCCGAGGUUCCAUGCUGAAAUUGGCCAGCGCGAAGGCCUCUCCCACAUGGACAAGCUCAUAGUAAACACCAUGUAUGGCUGUACAGAUAAACUCCUCAUCUCUUGCGGACUAGUUAGUGAUCCCUGUCAGAAUAAUGGUUAUUUAGGAAGUGACUGCACUUGUGUGUGUCCUGAUGGAACUUCAGGGAGCAGCUGCGAGACUGUUAAUACACUCUAUAAUGAUGCUAUCCUAUAUUUCAAUACUGAGAUCGUCACCGUUGAGAAAACUAUUUCAACCGUGAACUAUCCUAAUGCUUUCCCUCAUGAUUCGGAUUUCGUCAAAUGGAUAAUCGCCCCCGAGUGUAAUGAAGUAAAACUGACCUUCACGGCAUUCAACGUGUACCAAGCGGUUUCACUAACGGUAAACGGCGUUAGCACACUUGGCUGUUGGUACGAUGCCCUGGAAAUCAGGACUACUAAUGCAACGGAAGGGCAGUGGUUCUGUGGGACGGAUAUUUCGCCUGGCCAAGAGUUCCAGUCUGUUGGAGGAGAAAUUAUUCUUUAUUUCAAAGUUGGGACAAAUUUCAAACCCGGUUGGUCGGCUGACAUCACCUUUGUUCCCAUUCCUUCCUGCGCGCCUUCGGGAACAACUACCACCACGACUACUAGCACCACCACGACUACAAGCACAAGUACAAAUACUAGUACGACUACAACUACAAGUACAAGAACCAGUGCGACUGCAAGUACCACUACAAGAUUGUCUACAACUACAAGUACAUCUUCAACUACAAGUACCACUACAACAACCAGUCACAUCGACAACAACCACAAGCACAUCAACAACAACCACAGCCAUAUCGACAAAACAACAUCAACAACCACAACAACCACAACCACAACCACAACGGCCUCGGUUGGUCAGUGUACCUCAUACACAGAAAACGGACUGACUUAUUUCAUUUCUCCAAACUUCCCUGAAUAUUAUCCACCAAACGCGUACUGUACUCUUUCAGGAAUUACGAGGAGCUCGCCACAGUGAACUUAUUCAUCAGGGUUCUUCGGCUGCGUGCUGGCGACACCCUUGUGAUCCAGAACCCUUACACGCCGCCACUAACCCUGUCUGGGAGAAAAAGACGAUAUACGAACACCAUCCCCAGUGCACAAUUCCUCGCUACUUUCACGUCCAAUGCUGUCGGAGAGUGGAAGGGUUUCCAUGCACAGUUCAACCCAAGGACCUCCUCUUGCCACCAAGUCCUCUCCGCCAGCCCCGGGGGAGUCAUCACGUCGCCGAGGUUCCCCCGCAGGCACCCGAGGAAGAAGUACUGUGAAUGGAAAAUCAUGGCGUCAGUUGGCAAUAAAGUUCAGUUGACCUUCACCCACAUGCGCCUGGGAACCUACGCUCAGAACUUCGUGGCUGUGAACCCAACCACCGACCUUUACUACACCCCUGGCUCUGUCCUCUCCUUCAAUGGCUUCGCACUCCCGCCGAACGUCAUUUCGGACUCGAACUUCAUCAGGAUCUUCUUCUCCGGCAAGAGGAGGAGCAGGGGCUUCAGGCUGAUGUAUAGUGAGGUUUAGAGAAAGGGGGAAGGAGGAGAAGAGGAAGGGGGGGAAAGAGAGUGGAAGGAGGAGAGGGAGGAAGAAAUGAGGGUGGGGGAAGGAGGAGAAGAGGGAAGGGGGGAACUAAGGAGAGGGGAGAGAACAGAAGGGGAAUAAUGACAGACUAAAAAUUUUAGAGCAGAAGAGGGGGACUGGAAGAAAACUAGGGAGAAAUAAGGGAAAAGGAGAAAAACAAAACAAAGGAAAAGGGGAGUAAAAGAGUGAAGGAGGCGAAGGCAAAAUGAGAAGAGAAGAGGACGGAAAAUUUAUUCUAAGUGAAAGGCUAAUGUUUCUUAUUGGUUCGAUAGUUACAUCAAUUGGGUUUGAAAUUUCGAGGUGAUGGCCGCUUUUCCCAGGUUUCGAGACUAAUUAUGCUCACGCAGUUGUACACACACAGUUAAAGUUGCUUCGGGAAAUGCAAGGUAUUUAUCUGAUGAAUUAGUACAGAUGUAUUUUAUCUAAAUUAAUCAU